AUGGCGUCCGUCGAGCAGCCCAAGGAGCAGCCCAAGCUCUGCAUCCGCCAGUAUGCGCCGCAGGACCAGGAAGGUGUGAACGCCGUCUUCGUGGACGGCUGCGAGUUCUACCGGGACAGCUUCCCGGCGCACGUGCAGGACCACUGGAAGGAGUUCAUCCGGGAGAGUCUCGACGGCGACCUGGCCCGCAUCCCGAGCACGUACAUCACCCCCGGCGGCAACUUUUGGGUCGUAACGGCGACGGGAGCCGACGGCGGAGAGAAGGUCGUGGGCAUCGUGGGGCUGGAGGCCCAGGGUGAUGGUGUGGGAGAACUGCGACGCAUGGCCGUCUCGAGCGCCUUCAGGCGCCACGGUCUCGGCCGCCGCCUCGUGGCGGAGCUGGAGGGCUGGGCCAGGACCAACGGCUUCACCAAGGUCAUCCUCAGGAACGGCGGCCCCAAGGACGACGCACGCGCCUUCUACCGGGCCAUCGGCUACCAGGACGUCGGCACGAUGGUCGUGUCGCUCGAGCCGCGUGUGGAAGUCUUCGAGCUGGCCAAGCAGCUCAGCGAUGACCUGCCGCAAGUGAUCCAGCUCUUCAAGGACGGCAUGCUCAACUACCCCAAGAGCCAGCAAGACCCGCGCCUCCACGAGUACAUCGACAACAGCCUCAAGACGGACCUGAGCGACAUCGCGGGCACGUACAUCACGCCCGGCGGCAACUUCUGGGUCGCCACGCCUCGCGACGAACCAUCGCUCGUGGUGGGCAUGGUGGGUCUGGAACGGAAGCCCAACGCGGAAGGGGAGCUACGCCGCAUGUCGGUCAAGAGCUCUCACCGACGCUACGGCAUCGGUCGUCUGCUCAUCUCGACGCUGGAACAGUGGGCGGCAGAGCACCAACUCGGCAGAAUCUGGCUUACGACGGGCGGCGUCAUGGAUAAGGCGAGGGCCUUCUACACGUCCACGGGCUACACGGAGACCGAAGUCAUCAUCGUUCGGGAGGAGCCGCCCUUCGAGGUCAUCAAAAUUGGGACCCGCGAGCUUCGCGUGA